UCAGUUCUUUUGCCUCGCCCGCUGAUCCUCGCGGAGGCGCAGCUGUCUCGCUCCGGACUCCUGUCUGAUCCCAGAUCCUCCGCCUCAUGUCUCUCGCCAUGGGCAGGUCCAGAUCUUCGUGGCUGCUGGCGCUGCUCCUCGUCUGCGCGGCGGCGGUGGCGGCCGCGGCGGGCAAGGAGAAGGGCGGGACAGGUCGGGCGGAGGUGGAGUGCUCGGAUCUGGCGACGCUGGGCGAGUGCGUGGCGAGCGGCGGCGGAAGCAGGUGCCGGUGGUGCCGCAGCGAGGCGCUCGACGACAUGUGCUUCGGGGCCGCCGAGGCGUGGAGGUUGCCGCACCAGGUCUUCUCUUGCGACCCACCCGCCGCCGGCGCAGCCCACGCCCGGAGAUGACGUUGCACUCUCUGCCCCCGCUGUCUCGCUGGAUCUGAGAAUUUAAGAACGACUGUUUCGGUCUUUCCUGGUACUAAAUCGCGAUCUCUGGAGGCUGGAAGCCAUAGAAGUGAUUUUCAUUUCUCCCCUGUAAUGUAUGGUUUGAUAAGAAUAUGGCGGCUACAUUUAUUAUUGUUGAUUUUGCAAUUUGAGUUGAGAAAUCUGUGGCAAGUUUUGAGUUGCCAUGACAAUAGGAACUGGCGAAAGAUCUUAUCUUUAUACCCACA